UCUCUUGUGGGUGUGAGCUGAGACGUUAUAGCAACGAGCUACAAACGGUAUCUGAAUUUCAACAAACGGGAACCGAAUUGUUUUCAAAUAGCUAGCUAUGUUAUCAAUUGUUUGUUUUGCUAAUAUCUGUUUCAUUUUGAUAAAAUUUGUCGUUCGUUAAGACCUCAAUUAUAAACUCUAAACGAUAAUUGAUGGUCAUUGCUCUCCGUUCCUGUUGGAUUUAAUCUGCCUAGCUACUGAAGUCCUGAUCAGGAUUCGCAGUCUGUCAAUGAGGAACUACAGGCUCAUCUUUUGCCAUAGCCUGAAGCAGCCAUAGAUGACCAUUUGAUUCACUGCUAGUGAGUGGUGCUGAAGAUAAGGUGAACUACUGGGUGUUUUAAGUGCUAAACGACCUUCGGAAACAGCUCGGCUGUGGAAGCGAUGAGGAAGAGCCUCUCUCCUUCCCCCAGUGACUCCCUGACACCAGCCAGGGUUUUUGGGGUUCCCCUAGAUGUGGUGCAGCAGAGCGGCCAGCCAGGCCAGGAGGUCCCCCUACUGGUCAGGCACAUCGUAGAGUACAUCGAGGAGCAUGGGUGUCUGGAUUUGGAGGGACUGUUCCUAGUCAACGGUAACGCGGAGCGGGUGGAGUGGCUACGACAGCGCUAUGACUCUGGGGAGGAGGUGGACCUGGAGAAGGAGGCUGACCUGGCCUCUGCCGUCAGCCCUGUGCGUCUCUUCCUGCAGGAGCUCCCAGAGCCCAUCAUCCCUGCAGGCAUGCAGUCCCACAUCCUGCAGCUCUACCAAGACUACAGCAGCGAGGAAGAGCUCGCCCGCAACAUGAAGUACUUCCUCCAGCAGCUGCCUCAGGUUAACUACAGCCUGCUGCGCUUCCUGUGCCGCUUCCUGUCCAGUGUAGCCUCGCUCCAGGAGGAAAGUUGGAGCGUCGGCGCCCUCGCCGCGGUAUUCGGACCAGACAUCUUCCAUUUAGACACGGACGUGGAGGAUCUGAAGGAGCAGGAGUCAGUUAGCCGCAUCCUGGCGGAGCUGCUGGAGAAUCAGGAGGAGUUCUUUGACUCGGAGGACGAUGACGUUUCCACCACCGACUACAGCUCCAUCAAUGAACAGAUCACUGAGCUCCUGGAUGAUGAGAAAUUAGAGGCAUGUGAGGAGCUGCCCCAGGACGGCGAGGGCGAGGAAGGCCCCCCUUCCGCCUCUGAAUCCCCCCAACACAGUAACACCCAGGUCACUCCCUCUUCAAGUUCACACAUCUCCCCCAUCAGCGUUCUUCCAGGAUCUGCAGACAUUAUAGAGCGGACCAUCCGCGCUGCGGUGGAACAGCACUUCUUUGACCUCAAGAGCUCCAUCGACCAGGAGAUCAGCAGCUAUGAGAGCCAAGGCGCGGGCCCCAGUGAAAAGCAGGUGACGGGGCCAGGGCCAUUUGAUGGCCAUGGAGAGGAGGGCCCGUGUACGAGUAAGGAGGGCCCCGCAAGCAGUCCUGUGUCAGCCCCAGAGACAGAGAGCCACUCUGAACACAGCCCACAGGCCCAACAGGAGGUCCAGGAUUGUGACUCCCAAGGCGCCACCCUGGAGGAGAGUUCUGGAAUGGACCUGGAUGCCGCAGAGGCUCUUGUAGAUGCAGAGAACAAUAUCAACACUGCCAGGCGAGAAAGCCAAUCCUGUGACAAGAUGGACCAGGCCGAUCUCAUCACCUGUGACUCUGAUGAGUGUGACCAGAACCCCAACACAGAGGCCAGGGGGUACCCCUACCACCCUGCCAGCUCGCACCACCUCCAACUCAGCCGCAUCUUCCCCCACAACCAGUGGGAAGACCCAGUGCCAGCCUACAAGUCAUGGCAGGACGAGAGUGACUCUGGCGAGGCCCAGCUGUCCCCCCUGGCGGGGCGCAUGGUGCCCUUGCCCCACGAGGAGGACGCUCACCCCCUCAUGGCCCGCCGGUUCCUAGACUUUGGCCACAGCCAACGGUUCCUGCAGCACUCCGACCCCGACGCAACCUCGCCCACCAAAGCCCACCACUCCCUGGGGAGGCCUCGCCGUGCCUCCUUCAGUUCCAAAGAGAGCGGUUUGAGGAACGACUCGGUCUCCCACCAGCUCACCAAAAAACUACAGAGCCUCAAGAAGAAGAUCAAACAAUUUGAGGAACAGUUUGAGAACGAGAGGAACUACAAGCCGUCUCAUGGAGAUCGAGCAGCCAACCCAAAGGUCCUCAAGUGGAUGACAGACCUCACCAAAAUCCGCAAACAGUUGAAAGGAAGACCGCAUCUCUUUCCCAAAGGGUCCCUGAGGCACCAGGCGGUGCUUCAGUCAUACAGACGCCACCACACCUCCUCCACCUCCGCCCCGAACACACCCCAUUUUACACUUGCACGCCCCCUCACUGCCUGUAGACAGGCACCCUACCUAUAUGCCAAACACAAAGAGGCUGAGCUGACUCCUCAGACGCGGCCACGAAGCAACACCUUGCCCAAGAGCUUUGGUUCCACCCUGGCAGUCCACRAGGUUGUUGAAGAAGCCAAGGGCCACCGGCCCACCAAAGAGGAGACCCUGGACCUCAUCCAGCGCCGCGUCAAGGGCAAGAGAGAGGAGGACGGCUGGCCAGAGGACAUCAAGAAAAUGACCAAGGAGGAGCUGUCGUGUGAGAAGACGGUCCUACAGAAGAACCUCCUGCACUACGAGGGACUGCACGGCCGACCUGUGACCAGAGAGGAGAGGCUGGUGGUCAAACCGCUGUACGACCGCUACCGUCUGGUCAAGCAGAUGCUCACCCGCAUCAGCAUCACCCCCAUCAUCGCUUCCCCCUCCAGCAAGCGUCGCAACCACACCCUGAAGCCCAUCAUCGAGGGAGAGACUGCCCACUUCUGUGACGAGAUCGAGGAGGAGGAGGAGGAGGGCGAGGAGGAGGUCCAGAGCUCAGGGUCGGAGGUCCAGAGCUCAGGGUCGGAGGUCCAGAGCUCAGGGUCGGAGGUCCAGAGCUCAGGGUCGGAGGUCCAGAGCUCAGGGUCGGAGGUGAUCAUGGCUCUAGACCCAGUGUGCCAGCCCCAGACCAGCUCCCAGAGAGACAGAGACAGCCUGCUCAGGCCCAAGAUGGAGGAGACCUCAGGGAAACUGGCCCUGGACCUGCGCCUGUCCAGCUCCAACGCCUCGUCCAUGCCCGAGCUCCUGGAGCAGCUGUGGAAGACCCGGGCAGAGAAGAAGAAGUUGAGGAAGACUAUCCGCGAGUUUGAAGACGAGUUCUACCAGCAGAACGGCAGGAAUGUCCAGAAGGAGGACAGGCUCCCCAUGAUGGAUGAAUACAAAGAGUAUAAACGGAUCAAGGCCAAACUGCGUCUGCUGGAGGUGCUCAUCAGCAAGCAGGACUCGUCCAAGUCCAUCUAGAGACGGAGCGGCCACCCUGCUUCCCUCCCUUCAUCCCACCGGACACAGAGGGUCAACCGCCUCACCCCAGGCAUACAUGUCACCCCUACAUGGCCCAUACCCCUCCCCAUCCCUUAUCAACCAUCCCCCCUACCUGCACCCCUGAGGGAAGGCAUGGCAGCCACCAUAUCCCGCUGCUGUCUCACCACCACAACCCAUCUGUUUCUACCACCGCCAGCUCAUGUACAGUCAAGGGGUCCUCACUGGGGACUCUGAGGGAGAAGUCACAUCUUCAUUCCACCAGUCAAGACUUAACACACCCCUUUUUACUUAUUUCUGUCAGUUCAUUCGGAGGAGUUCCCCCUUUCCUCAUUAGUUUUGUUUUUGUUGUAGCUUUUUUUUUGUUGAACUUUUCACGUCCGGUAGUUUCUCAUACUGAGAAAUCAUAUUGGAGAGAACAGGAGCUCUGUUUUGUAGCGCAUUUUAGUCACCUGGUCACCUGUUUAGACGUAACAAACUGAACUCUCCCUCCCUUGGAGCGAGGAGACUGGUCAUCCUAUUUCAGACAUUCAGACUCGCAUGGAUUCAGUUGCCGAACUCGGUCUUCAUCCUUCAACACUGGGACGCUUUUGUGUCGUCUGCGGGAGUUUUUGGGGGAGAGAAAAAGUCAUUACUGUGUAUGUAUUCUUGUAAAUCAAUAUGUACACAUAAAUGUUUCUGUUACAGUAUGUUAUUUUUCUUGAAUGAAGAGUAAUUCCUUCUUGGGUUUGAAAAGAAACUUACUGCGUUAAUGUGUUGUUCCAUUCCCUUUGCCACUAUGGAAACUGGAGUGAGUUUUAUCAGCUGGGACUGGUUGUGCUGUUCCUUUAGAUUUUUUUUUAAAUAUUUGGAUCAUCAGUCGUCACUGAAAGGAGUUUUGGCACACACCAGGUGUGCAGGACAGCCAGUUAGGUGUAUCACUUAGUGUUCCUGUACCUUAACCGUCUCCAUUUUCCGGCAAUAAAGCUAGACAGCUUGACUUAUUUUCUAUAUAUAUUUUUGUUUCAUACGCGUUAAAGUUCAGUUGCGGAGUGGAUCUUUGUGGGAGGUGUCCAGAAUGGGGGGGGGGGG